UCCCUUGUAUUGUUGUACAGUACCUUUAUUAUCAAUCAUGCAUGCUUUUGUAUUUUGUUUCUUACUCCUAUGUUCACAUUCUAUUGCAUCCUUCGCUGAAGCCUCCAAAACUCUAAGUGGCUUCAGCAUCAAUCUUAUUCACCGUGAAUCACCAUUGUCACCCUUUUACAACCCUUCACUCACCCCAUCAGAGCGCAUCAAGAACACUGUCUUGCGCUCCUUUGCUCGCUCCAAACGUCGUCUUCGCCUAUCUCAAAACGAUGAUAGAUCACCCGGAACCAUUACCAUUCCAGACGAACCCAUCACUGAAUACCUCAUGAGGUUUUACAUUGGCACCCCUCCUGUGGAAAGGUUUGCUAUUGCGGACACAGGAAGUGAUCUAAUUUGGGUGCAAUGUGCCCCUUGUGAGAAAUGUGUACCCCAAAACGCCCCAUUAUUUGAUCCAAGAAAGUCUUCCACAUUCAAGACUGUGCCAUGUGACUCACAACCUUGCACACUACUCCCUCCAUCCCAACGUGCCUGUGUUGGAAAGUCAGGUCAGUGCUACUACCAAUAUAUAUAUGGUGACCAUACAUUAGUCUCUGGAAUAUUGGGUUUUGAGUCCAUUAAUUUUGGUUCCAAGAACAAUGCUAUUAAAUUUCCCAAGCUUACUUUUGGAUGCACAUUUUCCAAUAAUGAUACCGUGGACGAGAGCAAGAGAAACAUGGGUCUAGUGGGUCUUGGAGUAGGGCCAUUGUCACUAAUUUCACAACUAGGGUAUCAAAUUGGUCGCAAAUUCUCCUAUUGUUUCCCUCCUUUGAGUUCAAACUCCACUAGCAAAAUGAGAUUCGGGAACGAUGCAAUUGUAAAACAAAUAAAAGGGGUUGUGUCCACUCCCCUCAUAAUCAAAUCUAUUGGACCAAGCUAUUACUACCUCAAUCUUGAAGGCGUCAGCAUUGGAAACAAGAAGGUGAAGACAAGUGAAAGUCAAACAGAUGGCAACAUAUUAAUCGAUUCAGGGACCUCUUUCACGAUUCUCAAGCAAAGCUUUUACAAUAAGUUUGUGGCUUUGGUGAAGGAAGUGUAUGGUGUUGAGGCAGUGAAAAUCCCUCCAUUGGUAUACAACUUUUGUUUCGAAAAUAAGGGUAAGAGGAAACGUUUCCCUGAUGUUGUGUUUCUUUUCACGGGUGCUAAGGUUCGCGUGGAUGCUUCAAACUUGUUUGAGGCCGAAGACAACAACUUGCUUUGCAUGGUCGCAUUACCCACCUCUGAUGAAGAUGAUUCCAUCUUUGGAAAUCAUGCACAAAUUGGUUAUCAAGUGGAGUAUGAUCUUCAAGGGGGGAUGGUUUCUUUUGCUCCUGCUGAUUGUGCCAAAGACUAGCUUAAUUAACCUUUGCGUUUGGUUAAUUAGGAUUUCAACUUGUACCGAGGAAAGAAAAAAAAACAGUAUUAUGUUUUGUAAGUUUCGGACUUGAUAACAAUAAUGAAUGAAUGAACCUAGCUAGGGAUCUAUGAAUACAUGCACGCAUUCUUUUUUAUUUCUUAUCUUAUACUUAAUUAUCAUAAAGAUAUUUGAGUAAA